AUGGAUGACAGCUAUUACAAAGGGCUUAAUGGCAGUGGUGAUAACUUUGGAGAUGAGUAUCUCAAACAGGGAAACUCAUCUGGUUCUAAUUCAUCAGAAGAGAUCAGGAAGGCUGUUGAAGAGUGUGUGUCGUCGUCCUCAAGUACCCUUGAUGUUAGUAGAAAAAAUAUUAAGCAUCUUACCGAGGAAAUAUGUGAACUGCCUGAUAUAAAGCACUUUCAUCUGGAGGGAAAUGCCAUAUCGAUGAUUCCUGAGGAUUUAUUUCAAAAGCUGCCACAUCUUGUUUGGCUGGAUCUCCGGUUUAACAAGAUUACAGCUCUUCCCCCUGGCAUUGGUUACCACAGGCAAUUGAAAACUCUGCUUUUAGAAAGGAAUCCUAUAAAAGAGCUGCCCACAGAGCUUGAUGCCCCAAACUGCAUCAUAUGGUACUGAUAACAUCAGUUACUAUGCCAUGAAAGAGGGACCUGAGAAACAGAAGGACCAUACACCUGGGAAAAUGGAACAAGGAUUGCUGAAAGUAAAAGAUGAAACUACAAG